AUGAGCUGGGCUGCCGGCUUGCUGCGGUCCAACCAGAGAGCCAGCGCGAAGCUCCUGGGCCCCGGGAGGGCGCGCAGGCCCCCUCGGGCGGCGCAGGUCCCGCUGGGCGGCGGCCGGCUGCUCACGCCAGUGUCGGAGAUGGCGACCGUGAAGGGGGAGCUCUUCAAGAAUUUGGCUCCCGAGGAGCGCGUCCACCACGCCAAGGUGUCCAUUAUAGGGAGCGGGUCGGUGGGCGUGGCCUGCGCCCUAAGCAUCUUGCUGAAAGGCCUGAGCGACGAGCUCGCCCUCGUGGAUGUUAACGAAGCCAGGCUGAAGGGCGAGACCCUGGACCUUCAGCAAGGCAGCGCCUUCGCGAAGCUGCCCAACAUCGUGUGCAGCAGAGACUACCUGGUCACCGCCAACUCCAGCCUGGUGAUUAUCACGGCAGGCGCGCGCCAGGAGAAGGGAGAAACCCGCCUCGACUUAGUCCAGCGGAAUGUGGCCAUCUUUAGAUUGAUGAUUUCCAGUGUCGUCCAGUACAGCCCCCGCUGCAAACUCAUCGUGGUUUCCAACCCAGUGGAUAUCUUGACGUACGUAGCCUGGAAGUUGAGUGCGUUUCCCAAAAGCCGCGUUAUUGGAAGUGGCUGUAAUCUGGAUACUGCUCGUUUCCGUUUUUUGAUUGGACAAAAGCUUGGUAUCCACUCCGAAAGCUGUCACGGGUGGGUCCUUGGAGAACAUGGAGACUCGAGUGUUCCCGUGUGGAGUGGAGUGAACAUCGCUGGCGUCCUUCUAAAAGAUCUGAACGCAGCUAUAGGUACUGGUAAGGACCCUGAGCAGUGGGAAAAUGUCCACAGAGAAGUGGUUAACAGUGCCUAUGAGAUUAUUAAAAUGAAAGGUUAUACUUCAUGGGCCAUUGGCCUAUCUGUAGCUGAUUUAACAGAAAGUAUCUUGAAGAAUCUCAGGAGAGUGCAUCCAGUUUCCACCAUAAUUAAGGGUCUUUAUGGAAUAAAUGAAGAAGUAUUCCUCAGUGUUCCUUGUGUCCUAGGAGAAAAUGGUAUAACAGACAUUAUAAAGAUAAAGAUGACCCCUGAAGAGGAGGCCCGCUUCAAAAAGAGUGCAAAAACUCUUUGGGGAAUUCAGAAGGAGCUCAAGCUUUGA